AUGUUAAAUUCAAAAAUGAUGUUACAAAAUAAUAAUUCAAAUAGUGAUAAUAAUAAUAAUAACAAUAAUAAUAACAAUAAUCAUCAUAAACAAGAUUUUCAGAAAUUAAAAGAAGCUAGUUUAAAAGAUAGUAAUGGCAGUGUUUCAAUUAUCGAUAUAGGUAAAAUAAAACACAAAGUGCCUGGUUAUAAUUAUGAAAAAAGAGAUCAUUAUAUUAUUCAUAGAGAAUUGAAAGAUAAAUCAAGUAAAAAGAAACAUUUAACCAAUGGGGAUUUCUUUUAUGAUACAAAAAUGCCUAGUCUUCUGUCGCCCUUUAUGACACAGGAGGAGUUCAAAGAGGUUAUCGAAUCUAUAGAUCAUUUUAAAUCAUUAAAAAAACAAAAAUAUAAUAAAAUUACAUAUGUACAUUUAGGUUCAAUAAUAUUUCUUUUAAUAAUUAUCGCAAUUUGUGGGUGGAGAAAAAAAAUAGCACCUAUCAUUGUAUUUAUUUUAAUGUUAAUAGGCAUUUGUGUAUCAAUGGUUGUAAUUUAUAGAAAUAUUAGACCUAGACAUAUAAGAAAAGAUAUAAAAAAAUUUCAUAAAGAUAUUUCAGAAAAAUUUAAAGAUAGAGGUGUUUCAUUUAAACCCCAUCUCAUUACUAUUGUAAGACCAUAUACAAAAAAAAUAUCAAUUCAUCAAGAUCAAAUUGUUGUAUUUUUCCCAAAGAAUGAUAGUAGUAACACAAUGAGCACUCUAUCUACCAGUUUUGGCAGUAGUACAGGUGCUCUUACCAUUAGUAAUGGAUCUACAUUCUCGACAUUAUAA